AUGGCUGACGAGACGCCUACCUUCGUGUUCUAUCGGUAUCAGCCAUCUAUGGUCGCUGCUGUGAUAUUCAUCAUUUUAUUCGCCAUUUCAUCUCUUUUCCAUGUAAAAGUACUUUUCCAAAAAAGAAUAUGGUACUUUAUUCCAUUCGUCGUUGGAUGUCUCUUUGAGACCGUCGGCUACAUCGGGAGAGCAAUGUCAUCGCCGGAAUAUCCCAACUUCACUAAAAAUCCAUACAUUAUUCAGUCGAUACUCCUUCUCCUUGGACCUACUCUCUUUGCAGCCUCCAUCUACAUGAUUCUAGGACGCUUAGUUGUCCUUCUUGAAGCAGAGAAAUAUUCACUCAUCAGGCCACAAUGGUUAACAAAAGUUUUUGUUCUGGGUGAUGUCUUAUCCUUUUUCGCUCAAGGCGGAGGCGGCGGCAUGCUAACACAAGCGAAAUCUGUGGAUGACGUUCGCCGGGGCGAAAACAUCAUAAUUGGCGGCCUUUGCAUACAAAUCGUCUUUUUCGGCUUUUUUAUGGUUGUUACAUUCGUAUUCCACAGACGUAUCACGCAGAACCCUACUCGAAAUGCCCUAGCACUACCUACUCCGUGGAAGACUCUCAUUUUGGUUCUAUACCUAUCCAGUGCCCUGGUCAUGGUCCGAUCUGUGUAUCGUGUAGCAGAGUACGUCUUAGGGUCCGACGGGGAGUUACAAUCGAAAGAGGUCUAUUUGUACUGUUUAGAUGCGCUCCCCAUGCUUAUCGUUUCGCUUGCCUAUAACUGGUUUCAUCCUAGCAGGGUAAUUAAUCGAGAUGGACACGAACGCAUCUCUGUCACGAGCCUGGAGGUUUUGGGUUGA